CCAGCGUUCUCUCGCUUGCACACACCUGAUAGUAAUAGAAUAUAAAAGAGAUGGUAAAAAUUGUCGUGAUAGGUGCUGGCAUAAAUGGAUUGGCUUGUGCUGUAAAGAUACAAGAACAUUUCAAAAGUUCGGAUGUAUUGUUAAUUUCACGCGAAUUCUCGCCGAACACGACUGGCGAUGGGUCAGGUGCAUUAUGGUAUCCUUAUCUUUGUGGAGCAACCCCUCAACACUUACUCAAUAAAUGGGGUUCGGUAACAUACCGCUUUUUACACGAGCUUUGGUUACAAGGUGGGCUCAACAUAUGCGCAAUACCUAUUUACUGUUUAUAUCGGGAGGGCGUGGAUCAACCAAACCCGAAAUGGGCUAGCAACGUUUUCGGUUAUCAAACAUUGAAAGAGCAAGAGUUGAAGUAUUAUAAUCAGUUACAUAAUAAUCAAUACAGUGCCGGGACACGUUUCACCACCUUCGUUUUACAUUCAACGACUUUUUUGAAAUACUUAAAGGAAAGAUUCGAACGCGCCAACGGGAAACUUUUAGUUGGCCAUGUGACCUCUCUCCAAGAUCCUUUGCUGAUAGGAUACGAUGUGAUAGUUAACUGCGUGGGUCUGGGCGCUAGGGAUGUAGUUCCAGACAAGGCAGUAUUUCCUAUCCGGGGGCAGGUAUCAAGGGUAAUAGCGCCGUGGAUAAAUCAAGUCAUCAUUAAUGAGGCAAGCGGAAAUUACGUCAUUCCUAAUGCCGAGACGUGUGUGUUAGGUGGCACACACCAGGAGAACGAUUUUAAUACUAACGUGGAUGAACAGGAUAAAAAGUUUAUUACCGAAGGUUGUCAGGAGAUGUUCCCCGGAUUGCAGCACGCGCGCACAGUAAAGCAUUGGGUGGGACUGCGACCAGGAAGGCAUGAAAUCCGAUUGGAGGCGGAGGAGCAGCGAGGAAAACUUAUUGUUCAUAACUAUGGCCACGGAGGUAGCGGGCUGACAUUAUUCUGGGGUUGCGCUGAUAACGUCUUAAACAUAGUGAGACGGGAAUUAAACAAUAUGGCAACACAGGUCAAGUCGAAGAUCUGAUCCAUCAUUUUAAAGAUGUUUAAUGAAAAACAAUUAUUUAUAAAACAAAACGUAUAUAUUCUUAUAUACACACAUUUACAUACAUACACAUUUAUCGAAGAUAACAUUAUAACAAUAAGAAGUUCAAAUAAAUUUUUUACAAAAAUAAACCCACUUUUGUUCUUUGAUUUUUCAUUGCACAUUAGUUAUUUUAUUAUUCACUAGGUCAAAAUAUAAAUGUACAGUACCAGGCCAUUUAUAUGUCACAUCGUGCUUUAGAGAGAGAGAUACUCGGCUAGCUUCGGCAAUGUAGAGCGUCAUCCCUGUCACACGAAACACUAACAGUCCGGUAUCUAUUAAGAGCUGCUAAAACUCUUUCAAAGUUUUUUUUUUAAAUCAAUACAAAAACAAAACAUGUAGGUAAAAGGCAACAUAUAUGUACUUACUAACUUAAUUUAUUUAUUUAAUGAAAAACUAUAAUUUUUAUUUCCAACCAAAUAACAAAAAAGUAAUAGAUAUUCGAAACCUCUCAUAAAAUAUUUACUGCCAUCAUCAUCCUUAAUAUUUUCUUUCUUUCACGAAAUAUUUAUAUUUUGAAAAAAUAUUGGGCUGGUCACAUUAGCCGCAGAACUGAUGGCCGUUGGAGCCGGAAAGCUCUUGAGUGGAGACUACGACUCGGUAAACGUAGUGUAGGACGCCCUGAGACAAGAUGGGAUGAUGAUAUUCGUAGUCUGGCUGGCACCUCUUGUUACAAAAUCUCACACUUCGUCAACCCCCCCUCCCACCCUAUUAACGUGUGACGUACUUAAUGUAUGGCACGAACUUUGAUAAUAGGGUAUUUGACAAGUUUUAGAAAACAAUCUCACGUUAUUGACUAAUGUUUAUGGAGUCCGUAAAAAGUGGAUAUUCAUCAUUCUAUUGUGUAUUUCAGUAAAAAUAACCUAAUCAAAAACUCCAUUUUCAAGUUGCCGCGAAAACGUUUUUCUGGACAAUAUGGGGUCUUACUUUUAUUAAAACGUCAAACGAUACAAUGCAAUGUCACUUUAACCGGCAGUUUACUUGCGUGUGACGUCAUUUUAGGCUCCACCAAUUCCAAGCGUUUUGGGUCAUGUGGCAAUAGAUAAGAAAACUAUUAUCUUUUUCGUGGGUUUUUAGGAAAAUUAUGAAUAGUUUUUUUGUAAAUAUUGUAAAAACCCCUGCCAAUAUUCAUUCUAAACACAGAUGCUAACAAUUGGCACUUUAUUUUUAACACUGUCAAAUACCCUAAUCCAUAAUCGUAUCGUAUCGUCAGUUUCAAUGAAUACUAAAUACUUACCGGACGUAAGAACAAACUGUCUUCUUCCAUUCAAAAUUUGACAAUAACGAUACGAUUACGGAUCUGUCAACGUUCGUUCUUGGCCCUCUGCAUGGGAUUUCGCGUAAGUACAACAUGAUGUUGGCAUAGACUGCCACUAUUCUAUAAAAAAAAUAUAUUAAACAGUUAUCAUUAUUACAGAUUCAACUAUAACAUUAUACAUUUAAUAAAAAUCUAUCAGUUCGCAGUUUGACAAGUCAGUUCCUUAAAAAUUCAAGAACAAAUCGUUAUUUAGUCUAAAUAGUAGAAAAUAUACAAAGGUUAAGAGCAAUUUUUUUUAAUUCUCAAAUAACCCAUUUCAUAUUGUAUUGACAGACACAUUGAAAAGUUGUUGUGAUUUGUAUAUCAUUUCAUUGCUAAUUUACUUUGUUAAGUAAAUUAUCAAAUGAAAUGUCAUAAGUUUUAUCUGAGUAAUUAAACAAUUCACCGUAAGCCUUGUUAACAAACGAAGAUUGAGCCUAGGAAAUUGCACGACCCAAACACUUAAAUGACAGGUGGAAUGAAUAGUCUAUUUGGCAAGUUUUUGAAAACAUUCAUACGUUAUUUAUUAGUGUAUAGUGAGUCCAUAAAAAAAGGAUAUUUAUAACACAUUUGCUCGUAAAGCGUCUCUUAUUGCACCAAUUUCAAUAUCAUAAACUAUCACAUUACAUAGGUACAUUACGAGUAUUUUAUUCCGUCUAAAAACGAACGAUACUUUUUUAAAUCUUAGCAAAAAGUUUUUAUGUCAGAAAGGUAGCCAACAUUUUCGUAAUAAAAUUAACUUUAGGAGAGAGGACAUUUAAUUUUUUAAUUUGAUUCAUUUUGACAAUAAAUUAUAACUAUAUAUCGGUAAUAAAUUCACAAAAAUAUUAAUUUACUUUAUUAGCAACACUGGCUGUUUUUGAUUUUUUGGUCCUUUGCCUAAAAAAGCGAUGAUCGCAUUGCUAAUCUGUGAAAAAAAUAUUUCUAUUUCUUUUCGCUGUAUUGUUUUUAUUUGAAAAUAUUGGCAAGUAGUUACGAAUUUAUUAAUUUGACACCGCCAGAAGUCCGAAAAAGGCUACGCUAAGAGUCUUGCCCGAAAAAUCCACGGAUAAAUACUUACAGUCAAGCGUAUCAAAAUUUCAUCUUAUGGAAAACAAACAAAGGUGCAAAUUCAUUUUCAGAUAGUACGUACGUAGGUAGUAUUAUUACCUCGCAAAUGUGUUAUAAAACAUCGUAUGACAUACGUGCGGUUUGAUAAUUACAGCCUCUGCCUUUUUAUAGCCCUUACCCACGGCUCGGGCUAACAAUAUCGCCUCGGCUGUAAUUCUCAACUUCCCGCAUUUAUAUCAUAAUGAACUAUUAUAAUUCUGUUGCUGUUUUCAAAUAUGCCGCGGAAUCGGUUCCCUAGCAAAUGAAAACUUCAAACAGUACAAAGUAACGAUACUUAGUCAGCUUGUUUACAAGUACAUGACGUCAUUUCAGGCUCCGCCAAUCCUAGUUUUCGGUCACGUCGCAAGCUUUUUUUUAAUGUUAUAGGGGGCAUACGAGCAGACGGCUCACCUGAUGGUAAGUGAUCACCGUCGCCCAUGGACACUUGCAACACCAGGAGUAUCACAAAUGCGAUGCCGGCCUUUAAGGAAGGAGUACGCACUUUUUUUGAAGGUUCUUGGGUCGUAUUGGUCCGGAAACACUGCUUGCGACAACAUAUUCCACAGUUUUGUCGUACGUGUGUUUAGCUUAAAGUGUGUUUAUUAAUAAGGUCCGUUAUAUUCACUACAGAUAUGGUUUGAUCCUGACCUCUAUUACCCAGGAAUAAGGUCGAUUUUGUUGGUGCAAAUUUAUCCAUUGCUGUGAUCCAUUCCCGUGAGUUUUGGCAUGGAUUGAAGUUUACUGCUUGGACUUUUUGACGGUAUCAUAUAUAUCAGUUCUUCUCUGCAUCCGGAUAGGAAUUUGACUUCUAACUUCCUCGACUGUAUUAAGAUCUAUAUAAAGAAACGUUUUAGUGAGACUCGCAGGAAAGUACUCGGCUGUUUGUAAACUUAUAUUGUAAAGAAAAAUAUAGUAAUUGUAAAAAUUGUAAAGUUGAAACAUUUUUGAUAUUUUAUUUUAUUUAGUAAUCUUUUUUGUCUUAACACUGCCAAUGGCGGAAUUAAUGUCAAUAAAGCAUUCUCUACCAGUCAACUGGAAAGUACAUACAGAGCUAAAAAAAACACUGUUUAUUAAUUUUUUAUGGACAUCAGGAACCAAGAGAUGCCAUAAACAUGCCCAACUUAAGCAAUUAAAGAUGGUUUUUGGUAUAUUUUCCCUACUGGAUAUUGAACCUGGGACUUGGAGACAGCGACUCCAAGUUAAACCAGAAUGCAAGUCCCUCCACUAUGGAGGUCUUAAUGAUAUUUUAAAAUUAAUUGUAGGCUCUACAAUAGUAAGGUAACUUGCUACCUCAGAGUACGUAACCUCCGUACCUAGUGCAACCAUGCGUGGUCAGCUCAGAACAAAGCGUCAUUUCAGUCACGCACUCAUUUAAUAAUGCCUUUAAGUUUACAGGUAUUCCCACGCAGUUACAAGCAGCAUAAACGGUAGCUUUAGGUAAUUUUUUUCGAUGAUAACAGGAGCAGUUCUUCUGGCUGCUUUCUUUUUUGUGGUUCAACUUAGUUCCCCUGGUAAAUACCAGGGUAUUAAGUAUGUAAAAGUCUAGAUAUCAGAAACCCUAAGAGUGUCCUUAUAACGAGUAUCCUUAUAUAUGUAUUAUAGCUGGUCACAACUCAUCUACCGUAGUAUGCAGAGUCACGCAUAUAUGAGUUGCCCCGUAAGGCGUCGCGUCGUGCUAAUUGGCAACGAUCGUACGAUGACACGAUAAGUUCUUGUCUUGCGAUGAUUUUCAAUUUUUAUGCCGCUCGGUUAUGCAUGCGCGAGCAUAACCGAGCGUGUGUGGCGUCCGGCAAGCUUGCUUGUCACAGUUCUCAGUUUUUAAUUGUUGCGACGGCGGAAGGUCCGAGCACCAUCGCGUCGUUUCGAAAAUGGCUAGUCGCAAGCGCAAUGCAACAUUAGAAGAAUUUAUAGGAAGUUAUAAGUCGGAACCUUGUCUUUGGCGUAAAGUGCAAAGAAUACCAGAGAUUGAUAACUAAGGUCAAGGAAUUAGUGCCCACAGCUACGAAAGAAGAUGUGAUUAAAAAAAAAUUCCAUUCACAGUACUUAAUAGGCGUUCUACACACACCGUCACGUAGCUCAACUGAGAGUAAUGGCAAAACUGUACAUGCAAACCCUAACGUGUAUGUGCAAUAUGAAACUCGGUUAUGCAUGUACAUGCAUAACCAUCAUGCAAAACCUAGUGUGUAUGGCCUCCAUUAUACAGCUCGUAAGCCGUCGCACAAGCACAGGUACAUUAUUUUCAUCCCACGAUGAGAUCGUAUCGCGCCAUCGCACGAUCGUUGCCAAUUAGGACGACGCCUAACCCCUUAAUAUAUACGUCUCACUAGCGCUACCUAUACAGCUGGUUGUCUCACACCAUAGACAUAGAGAAUGACAGUCGUAUAAAGUUGACAACUUACUGGAAAGAGAGAAAAACCAGCCAAUUUAUUUUUACUCCGUAUUUUCCCCAAUCUGUCUCAACGCUAUUAACUUGGCAUCCAAUUAGUCCAAGCUCCGAGCCUACAUCGACCUUAUAAUAGAAUGAAACAUAUUUUAUCAUGAAUUUAGUAUAUUAGAAAUUAUUAAAAAUGGAUUGCCUAAAACAAAUCCUGGAUAGACUAUUUUUAAUUAACUUUUGAAAAAUAUAUUUUUAAAUAAAUGUUGCUACAUUAAGAUAAUAAGAAAAUGUUGUCCUGACUUACAGUAUAAAAUUUAUAAAAUGUGAAGCCGUUGGGUGUUCUAUUAUUUACCUGGGCGAACUACUGGGUCGCCAGGUAUAAACAGGUAUGUCGAUGCCAGUUACGUUACCCAACGGCUGCACAUUCUAUAUGUUUUAUAUUAUUAUUUUAUCUUAUUACCUUGAUGAUGCAACAAUUAAUUAGAAAUAUAGUAUGUCCAGUUUUUUUAGGCAAUCCAUUUUUAAUAUAUUUCCUAAUAUACUAAAUUCAUGAAAAAAUAUAUUUCAUUCUAUUAUCAGCUUGGUGGAGGUCGAUGUAGGUUCGGAUCUCCUGCUACAUACAUUGUCGAUUUAUCGGCCGUCCUUUCCGCUCUCUCGCACUUACCUGCCCAGUUUAACUUACAGUUGGCUAGGGAAUACUCAGUUCAUUUUCUAUAUCUAUGCCUCCACUCACCUAUCGUGGCAUGCAGAGCAUCGGGCACAUGUUCCAGUUGGCCAGUAACGGCCCCCCACGGGUCGACGAGUAGCGCGAGUGGCCCCACGCCCCGUAUGUCCCGGGCCGGGCCCACUAGCGCCCCCUAUAUAGCCGGCCCCACUCACCUAUCGUGGCAUGCAGAGCAUCAGGCACAUGUUCCAGUUGGCCAGUAACGGCGCCCCACGGGUCGACGAGUAGGGAGUGGCCCCACGCCCCGUAUGUCCCGGGCCGGGCCCACUAGCGCCCCCUAUAUAGCCGGCCCCACUCACCUAUCGUGGCAUGCAGAGCAUCAGGCACAUGUUCCAGUUGGCCAGUAACGGCGCCCCACGGGUCGACGAGUAGGGAGUGGCCCCACGCCCCGUAUGUCCCGGGCCGGGCCCACUAGCGCCCCCUAUAUAGCCGGCCCCACUCACCUAUCGUGGCAUGCAGAGCAUCAGGCACAUGUUCCAGUUGGCCAGUAACGGCGCCCCACGGGUCGACGAGUAGGGAGUGGCCCCACGCCCCGUAUGUCCCGGGCCGGGCCCACUAGCGCCCCCUAUAUAGCCGGCCCCACUCACCUAUCGUGGCAUGCAGAGCAUCAGGCACAUGUUCCAGUUGGCCAGUAACGGCGCCCCACGGGUCGACGAGUAGGGAGUGGCCCCACGCCCCGUAUGUCCCGGGCCGGGCCCACUAGCGCCCCCUAUAUAGCCGGCCCCACUCACCUAUCGUGGCAUGCAGAGCAUCAGGCACAUGUUCCAGUUGGCCAGUAACGGCGCCCCACGGGUCGACGAGUAGGGAGUGGCCCCACGCCCCGUAUGUCCCGGGCCGGGCCCACUAGCGCCCCCUAUAUAGCCGGCCCCACUCACCUAUCGUGGCAUGCAGAGCAUCAGGCACAUGUUCCAGUUGGCCAGUAACGGCGCCCCACGGGUCGACGAGUAGGGAGUGGCCCCACGCCACAUAGGAGGCGGUUUGGUCCCGGGCCGGGCUCACUAGCGCCACCCACAGUUGGUUGUCGACCGCCCGGGCGCGGGCCAGCAACUGCCAGUGCUUGGGGCCCGUGGUCAUGUUGAAUGCGCCCGGGUAUAUUAACAGGGAACAUCCUGAA